AUAAACUUUAUCUUUAGCAUAUGGUCUAAAAGUCUUUACACGAAAUUUAAUUAAAUAUUAAUCAACACAUACACGAUAUUAUUAACUUAUUUUCAUCUUUAUUAUGGUCACACAUACUACACAACCAACAAAAACUACGCAACAAUAACAACAAAAUGUCUCUUUUCUCCAUCCCCAUCUCCACUGAGUUGCUUCCAUGGCUUCUCCUACUUUUGAUUCCUCCACUUCUUAUCUUCUUUCUUCUUCGUUCCCCUAAAAAUCUUCCACCAGGUCCAUCAAGAUUACCUCUCUUAGGAAACAUCCACCAGCUCGGAUCUCUUCCUCACCGCACUCUCAGAGAUCUCUCUCUCAAAUAUGGCCCCGUCAUCACCGUCUAUCUCGGAAGCGUCCGGACGGUGGUUGUACACUCUCCGGAGACGGCGGAGGAAGUUCUAAAACUUCAUGACUCCGAGUGUUGUACUCGUCCAAAGCUUUCUAUCACCAAAAGCUUUUUCUACGAUGGACUUGGUCUAGGGUUUACUCAGUGGGGUGAUUACUACAGAGAUGUACGUAAACUCUGUGUUCUUGAACUUUUUUCCGUUAAACGAGCUAGCUCGUUUAGGAACUUGAGAGAGGAGGAGCUGAGUCGACUCGUUGACUCGUUAUCUGACUCAGCGGCGUCUGGAUCUUCCGUUGAUCUUACCGCGAAGUUGGCCAAGUUCGUCGCGAGCUUUACGUGUCGAAUGGCGUUUGGAUUGAGUUUUCAAGGAAGUGGAAUUGAUAACGAGAGGUUUAUGGAGGUGUUCACGGAGGCGAACAGAGUCAUCGGAAAAAUCGCGGCGGCGGAUAUUUUCCCUGGGUUUGGUUGGAUCUUGGAUCGGAUCAAUGGUCUUGAUUCUAGCCGGAGGAAGAGUUUUCAAGAUCUUGAUACGUUUUACCAGAAAGCUAUUGUUGAUCAUCGAGAAAAGAAGAAAACUGAAGACCGUGAAGAUUUGAUUGACGUCUUGCUCAAGUUACAGAGUCAAGAAACCAAACUUGGUUCUUCAAGAAUCACUGAUACACAUAUCAGAGCUAUUCUUAUGGAUUUGUUUGUAGCAGGAGUAGACACAUCUGUUAUCACUAUGGAUUGGACAUUGGCAGAGCUUGCAAGACAUCCAAGAGUGAUGAAGAAAGUACAAGCCGAGAUUCGUGAACUUGUAGGAGACAAAGGGAUAGUCACGUAUGAUGAUCUUGAGGGUCUAGUCUACAUGAAAAUGGUGCUCAAGGAGACUUGGAGAUUACACGCACCUAGUCCGAUUCUGAUUCCAAGAGAAGCAAUGACCAACUUCAAGAUCAAGGGUUAUGACAUUUACCCUGGAACGCGUAUUCAUGUCAAUGCUUGGGCGAUUGGGCGUAACCCUGAUGUAUGGAAGGAUCCUGAUGAGUUUAUCCCAGAGAGAUUUGUGGAUAGCAAUGUGGAUACUAAAGGGACAAGUUUCGAGCUAUUACCGUUUGGGAGUGGACGAAGAGGUUGUCCUGCGAUGUACAUGGGAUUAAGUACGGUGGAGUACACACUGGCGAAUCUUUUGUAUCAUUUUGAUUGGAAAGCGACGGAGGAAGUGAGUAUUGAAGAAGCACCUGGUCUCACUAGCCAUAGGAAGCAUCCUCUUCACCUUGUUCCAGUUAGUGUCAUCAACCGCAAGCUUUAGUUUGGGAAUGCAAAACGCAAUUUGCAAUGAAUAAGGAUUAAUAAAGUUUCCCUUGUUGAAUCUUCGAUGCUUUUGGCUGAAUAAAUUUAUGUUUAGCUUCCAAACAAUAAUUUUACAUUAAUAAAAAUGUUUGGCUUAUUA